UGUUUGUGUCGAUCCUGAGCAAAAUUUUUUAUCCACCAUUCUUUAAAAGUGAAAAUCUAUGUAGUCUUUUAGUUUUUAGUGGGCAAUUUCGCAUUGCCGUGUUAGUUGCAGUUGUAUUUUAGGUAGUAUAAAGUGCGUAUAAAUGAGACUUUUGGUUUUGGUGUUGCUGACGUUUUGGGGGGUGACAGUUUGGGGUUUUCCGGAGAGGAGGGCGGCGGAGAAGUUACAGCUGCCUCAAUUGCAGCAGUUACAGUUGGAGAAGAAGGAGAAUAAAGUGCGGGAGACGCCGCGAGACUGCAAAGGGAAGUGUGCGACGAGUAUAGCGCAGAAAGCUGCUGCAGAAGCUAAGGCAGCUCAGGCUGCUCAGAACGCUGCUGGUGCUCAGGCAGCGCAUAUGGUAAAAACUCAACUAGCCGAGAAAGCGCUUCAAGCAGCAAAAGCAGCUGAAGCAGCACUUGCUGGAAAACAAGCGGUGGUAGAACAACUGCAGCAAGAAGUGAAGGAGGCUGAAGCUGUGGUCGCUGAGAAUACAGCGGCAGUGCAUCAACAACAAAGCACUGUCAAUGCGGCUGUAGCAGCUGCACAGCAAGCCACAGCACAGCAUAAACUGAUGAUGCAAGCGACCCAGCUUGCGGCACAGUUGGAGAAAUCUGCACAUUGCGUUCUGGAGAAGACGAAGUUUGGUCUGCAGGAGAAGUGUCACAACUUAUCGGAGGCUAGAGCUCGGCUGGCGCAUCUACAGCACAAGCUACAAUGCGCCUGCGCCGAAUGUUCUGCCACGAAGCAAGCGGCGCAUUGUGCCUGCGAAGCCGCCAGGGCAGCCUGCGGUAAUGCACGGAGAAAGAAACACAUCUCUGACCAAAAAGAACUCGCUCCCAAAGAAUCUAAGAAUGGACGAUGAUGAUCUAGACUAACAUAAGUGAUUGAGAUCACAACUACGUUUCUGUGUCAAGUUCUCUGGUAAGAUUUGCGAUUUAUUUUAUGUACAACCAACAAACCCAUAUCCCAGGACGAUUUAGAUGUCACGUGUAACAGAAUGAGUGGAUAGGACGUCAGGAAU